CUUACGUUCUCGACUAUCCCGAACACUUAAUCCAAUAUUCGACUAAGCGAAGCAUAACAACAUUUUGGCAUGGCGGGAUUGUACGUAAAUCACGAAGUUAUUGCAUCCCGCGAACUAAAAAUUGGAAUAUUAACAGUCAGUGAUCGUUGUUCUGCUGGAACUCAAGAGGACAAGAGUGGGCCAAAUUUAAAGGCACUCGUUCAAACCAGUUUACACAGGCUUGGAGUUGUAAAAGUCAUAACUGGAUGUGUUCCAGAUGAACUGCUCAUCAUCAAAAGUUGCCUUUUACAUUGGGCAGAUACUGAGAAAUGCAUUUUAAUAUUGACAACUGGUGGAACUGGUUUUACUUCAAGAGAUGUUACUCCAGAGGCUACAAAAGCUGUCAUUGAAAGAGAAGCACCAGGCUUGGUUGUUCGCAUGUUGUCCAAAUCUAUUGAGACCACGCCAAUGGCAAUGCUGUCAAGACCCGUGUGUGGAAUAAGAAAUUCAACAAUAAUUGUUAACCUUCCAGGAAGCAAAAAGGGAUCUCAGGAGUGCUUUGAAUUUAUCUUGCCUGCUCUUGGUCAUGCUUUUGAUUUGGUGUCUAGUGAUGAGGAGAAUGUAGCUUCAACUCACAGCUCAAUGGAGCAAACCAAAUUACUUGCUGACCAACUUCCUGUGACGCCACGACGUAGGCAGGAUGAUUCGUGCAGUGAUAUUAUAUGUUUAGUGAGGAAUUGUAAUGGCUCACGAGCAACAUCACCAUGUAGUCAUCGCCAUAGUCAUCGUGAAAGCAUGGACAGUCUCCAAAGUUAUGGAUCAUCAUCAGUCAGUUCAGACCAAGGAUAUGAUUUUUCCUGUUCAUCCUCAGAAUCUUCAAUGCAUCAGUGUCCCCACCAAAGAGCAGUGUAUAUUGACACACCAAAAGUUGCUGAAAGAGACAGAUUUUCACCCUAUCCAAUGAUCUUAGUAAGCAAGGCAUUAUCAAUUGUACUCAGCACUGUCAAAGUCCAGAAGAAAAGACACUUGGUAAAUCUUCAUGCAGGAUUAUUAGGAAAGGUUCUUAUGGAAGAUGUACGUGCUAAAGAACCCUACCCUCCCUUUGCAGCAUCAGUAAAAGAUGGUUAUGCUGUAAUAGCUGCUGACGGUGCUGGUGUUCGAAGAGUGGUAGAACCUAUCACUGCAGGACAAGUGCCUAGCCAAUCACUACGUAGUGGUCAAUGUAGCCGUAUAACCACAGGGGCUCCAAUACCUGUUGGUGCAGAUGCUGUAGUGCAAGUGGAAGAUACUGAGCUUGUCGAGGCUGCUGAUAACGGUAAUGUUGAAGUUUUGGUUCGUAUGAAAACACCACCAUCUAUUCUGCAGGAUAUCAGACCAGUUGGAUUUGAUAUAAAACAAGGUGAAACUAUAUUAUCAGCUGGUGAAAAGCUAGGUCCAUCAGAGCUUGGCUUAAUGGCAAUGGCAGGCGUUAAUAUGGUGUCUGUCUACACUCCACCCUCAAUUGGCUUGUUUUCUACUGGUGACGAACUGGUGAGUCCUGGUGCAGAGAAAAGUGAAGGGCAAAUUUAUGAUUCAAACAAGAUAGCCCUGUUGACGGCUAUUCGUGAGCAAGGUUUUAAUGCUGCGGAUUUGGGAACUUUGCCGGAUAAUUUUUCACUGCUUAGAGACAAGAUUUCAAAUGUUAUUGAUGAUGCCAACCAUCAAAUUCUUAUCACCACCGGUGGAGUGUCCAUGGGUGAAAAAGACUUGGUUAAAAAGUUCCUUGCGCAAUUUGGGGAUAUCAAAUUCGGGCGUGUACAAAUGAAGCCAGGAAAACCUACCACCUUCGCUACAAUUACACGUGGACCGAAAACUAUCUAUUUUUUCGCUCUACCGGGAAACCCAGUGUCUGCUUUAGUGACGUUUUACUUGUUCGCUUUACCAGCUAUAAGAAAACUGGCUGGUUUCAAAAAGCCUUACCUACAACGAAUUCAAGCACGCCUGGAUUUUGAUAUUUGCUUGGACCCUCGACCGGAAUACCAUCGAGCCCGAUUAAACUGGGAUACCGAUGAUGGCGUACCUCUUGCGUCGUCUACAGGAAGCCAAUGCAGUAGCCGUUUACUCAGUAUGAGGUCGUGUCAUGCUUUACUUGAGUUACCAAGUUGUGAAACUAUACGAAAAAUGACAAGGGGGAGUCUGGUAACUGGCUUGCUUUUACCAAAGCUUAUCACGUGAUUCUUUCGGCGUUAUCAUGUAGGGUCGUUUGCCUGUUUAUCCUCGUUUUGUGAUUGGUCGUCUCGUAUCGCAAAAAUGUUCGUUCUGCAUUGCGAUUGGUCUGUAUUUCUUGUAAGGUUAUGUCAGAAACGGUAAAUAUCAGAGAGAGCCGUGAAAAUUCUGCGAGUUCUGUUUCGAAAGGAAUUUUCAAGUUGCCGGAAAAAGGAAUAACUGAUUCUGUUGCUUCUGCUUACUCUGGGAGGUUGUUGAUCUGAUUACUCAAGAAAAAUAUAACUGCUGUAUGGAAUCACAUUUCUAAACGAUCUUGGAUAUAAAUUUUACGUUCUUUGUAUGGAGAUUUUAAUGGACGUUUUUGUAGUGUUUUUGGAGUUUUAUUGUUUUAAGUAACUGCAUUUUGUCACGUGUGCAUGUUGUUGUACAAAUUUGUUGUUCUUGAACGGUUUUACCAUCGGCGUCAAUAAGAACAUAUAGCUACCUAAGUGAGCAGUUUUGUAUUUCUUAGUGGAUAUAUUCGUUAGUUGGAUUAUUUUUUAAAAAAAAUGUUUUACACGUUAAUAUUAUUAUAUCGCAUUUUUCAUAAAUAUUUAGAAAUGUUUAUUAAAGACCUUGGAUGACAAUAUUUUUUGAUUCACGAAAGGUAUAGUAAAGGCUGUAUCACUGUAUGUAUUCUAUGCUGGAGUGAAUAUCAAGGCUUGUGUUGGUGUGUUAGUGGGUGACAUUGUUACGUUAGCCGAAGAUUGUUUGCAUAUGGUAGAGGGCAGGGUGUCAACUUUGUCAGGAAUGUCAGGAAUUUCAAAAAUGUAGGGAAAAUGUUAGGGAAAUUUGGUCUCUUUAUGAAAGAUGAGGAGUUUUAGGUUUGGAUGGUCAAUCAGAACUAUCUUCAUUUUCCAAAAUAUUAGCAAGGAUUAAAUUUUAGAAUCACUCUAAAAGAAUUAGCAUUAACUUUUAACCAAUCUGUUCUAGGAAUAUGUUUUUUUACAAAAAUUUGCAUUUUUAAGAUCCAACAGUUUGAAAUUUCUGUUGAGAAUAACUGGAAAAAUAGAGAAAAUGCCAGCAAUUGCAGCCCCAAAACGAAGAGUUAUUAUAUUAAGUGGACAUCCUGGGGAGUGUUGGUUGUUUAUGCUUGUCUGAUUAUCAGUUCUUAUUUAAAAAUGAAUAUUUUUAGCAUUUAGAUGACAAAUGAUUUGAGAGAUAAAAUCUAGAUUAUUUAUAUUAUAUUAUAUAUAUAUUCCUCUUUUUUCUUGUAAAAGUUUUAUACUUUGCAGAACAGUCUGUUAAAUUAUAAUUCCGUUGGACUGUGGGUCCUGUAUAUAUUUUGUACGGUAUAUGUAACUUUAAAAAAAUAUGAACAAACGGGAGAGAUCGAUUCAUAUAUUUGUUUUCCGUGAAUAGGUGAUGGAAUAUUUUAUGAUAACAAAGAAUAUGCUUCAUUUCAUUUUUCACGUUUAUUUUAAGGCCUGUUUUUACGUAAUUAUUCGUAAACUUUAAAAAAUACUUAUUUUUGUAUCAAAUAUAGGAGAAACGUAAAUGCAUGAUUUUAUUCCCCUUUUCCUUAAGCGAUGUUCUCUAUUGACAUAGACAAGAGGCGCCUCUCAAUUACGCGCCCCUUAGCGAAGGUUUUAAAAAAGCAGCCUUCUCGAAUGAGCAUGCCUGGCGUAUAUGUAAAUGCACUUUAAUAUCAAAAGAGGUUUGUUACUUUACUCGAUUUUCUGAUUAUACUGCCCGCUUUUCUUUGAUCAUGUCCAUUUGAGCAUUUACGCUAGUGGGAUUUUCUAGUUUUUUACGCUAGUGGGAUUUUCUAGUUUUAUGUUUUCAAUAUGUAUAUUUUUGUAAGGCUAUUGUUUUUUUUUAAGAAAUAUGCAAUAAAUAAUUUUGUUAGUAAUUUUACCAAUAUUCAGACUGCACAAUU